AAAGCAGCUGUUUAUUUGGAAUUGUAUGUGAGUGCAGAUCAAGUGGUAUUCAUUUCAGUUGUGCUUCUGGUAGCUUUGUUUGCUUUCCAAAGAUAUGGGACAAGCAAAGUUGGGUUCAUCUUCUCCCCAAUUAUGCUAAUGUGGUUUGUUUCAAAUGCUUUAAUUGGUAUCUACAAUAUUAUCAAAUACCAUCCCUCCAUUAUUAAAGGGGUCUCUCCUCAUUACAUAUACAUCUUCUUUCUGAGAAAUGGCAAAACAGGAUGGGAAAUUCUUGGUGCAAUUUUCUUGUGCAUAACAGGUGCUGAAGCCAUGUUUGCUGAUCUAGGCCACUUCAACAAGAGAGCAAUUCAGUUGGCUUUCUCUGUCUUUGUUUAUCCAGCAUUGGUUCUCACCUACGCGGGUGAAGCAGCAUAUUUAGUUAAAAACCCAGAUCAAAUCGGCACGGCCUAUUACAGUUCCAUUCCUAAUCAAGUUUAUUGGCCAAUGUUCGUCAUUUCUACGCUUUCUGCAGUUGUUUCAAGUCAGUCUAUGAUAUCUGCAAGUUUCUCCAUUGUCAAGCAGUCUAUGACUCUGGGUUGUUUCCCUCGAGUUAACAUGAUACACACUUCUUCCGAACACGAAGGGCAAGUGUACUCCCCAGAAAUCAACUAUAUUCUCAUGUUUCUCUGUGUUGGCCUUGUCAUUGGUUUCAAAGGUGGUGUUGCACUCUCAAAUGCUUAUGGUGUGGUGGUCAUCUGGGUCAUGAUCAUUACGACAUUUUUAACAACGCUGGUGAUGCUGGUGAUCUGGGACACAAAUUUCCUUCUCAUCUGUGCAUUUUUCUUGCCAUGUGUACUAAUCGAAGCCAUAUUCAUGACAUCCUUGCUUAACAAAAUCCCACAAGGAGGAUGGGUACCAUUUGUUAUCUCAGUUUUCUUCCUAGUAGUCAUGCUAUCUUGGACCUAUGGAAGGAGCAAGAAGAGUAUGUAUGAGGCAGAGAAGAAAAUGAGUUUAGUUGAACUGAACCAAAUGAUGUCAAGAGGGGACGUUUAUCGCCCACUGGGACUUUGCUUCUUCUGCACAGACCUUGUCAACGGAAUCCCACCAAUCAUCCGCCAUUACAUUCAGCACACAAACUCAGUUCACGAAAUCAUGGUGAUCAUCACGAUGAGAACACUCCCAAUCAAAACUGUCCUCCCAGAGGAACGGUUGGUGGUUGGGAAACUGGGACUUGGAGUUUACAGGUGUCUGGUUCAGUUUGGUUACAAAGACUCACCAAGCAUGAAUGGAGACGACUUUGUUGCUUCGGUGGUGGGAAGACUCCGCGAGCUUGCCGAGACUGCUGGAGAAAAGCAAGAAUUGGAAUCGGCUGCAGAGAAAGGAGCUGUGUUCGUGAUAGGCCGGACCAUUCUCAAAUCAAACAAGGACAACAGUUGGUUUUCUCGCUUCAUCAUAGAUCACUUAUACAGAUUCCUUCAAAAGAACAGCAGGGCUGCAAUUUCAACACUUCAAGUAGUCCCACCAGAAAAUACUUUGCAAAUCGGGAUGCUUUACGAAAUCUAGAACCAGCCCAACACAUCUUCAUUGUGUACCUAUGUGUUUGUUAAAAUGUUGAGAAAUGAAUUUGCUUGGCAGCAGAAUUACUGUUAUGGUUUCCCCUUCCAGUAAUGGAAUUUAUAAAUAUAUAAGCGAGAAAAACCAUUUUUAUCAAAA